UUUAAUAGAAGAAAGGUAUUCAAAGUAAUUCUGUCUUUCAAAUUUGCCCUCUUCCCCAGUUUUCUGUCUCAGACCAAUUGUCUUCGAGCCCAUAAGAUUUCCUGUGUUUUGCUUCUCAAUUUGAGAGAGACACACACAACGAGAGAACGAGAUGACAAAUUUUAGGCUUUCAAGAUGCCAAUUUUUUUGGGCAGUUCAGGUUCUUAUGCUGCUGCAAACCAAUGUCCUCUGCUAUCAAUACCAGGUGGGAGAUUUGCAUGCUUGGGGGAUGCCCACUUCAGCCAAUCCAAAUAUCUACACCAACUGGUCCCAAACAAACCAGGUUAAGAUUGGAGAUUCUGUGUUCUUCCUCUAUCCACCGAGUCAAGAUUCAGUGAUCCAAGUCACUGAGCAAGCAUUCAACGCAUGCAACCUCAAAAACCCCAUCUUAUCCAUGGACGACGGCAAUUCGUUGUUUAACAUCACUUCACCGGGUAGAUUCUACUUCACGAGUGGAAUACCAGGGCACUGCGAGAAUUCACAAAAACUCCAAAUUUCAGUUCUUUUCGCAAAUGGGUCUGCGCUUCCUCCUUCUUACUACGGCUACGACAUAAGCGCAUCGCCGGCACCUUCUCCUUCGUACUCUACAGCAUCUGGGUCCACUCCGACGGCGUCUUCUUCUUUGCCUCUGCAGAGCUUUUCGUCAACCAUUUUGGCUGCUGUUUUCGGAGCAACCAUUUUUAUGAUUAUCAGUAGCUGUAUCUGAUGUGGGUUAUACUUUGAUACAAAUUUAAUUUGGAACCCGGAUCUGAAGCAUCUGAUUGAUUGGUUCAGAGCUACUUCGAGAUCAUUAGGACCUGGGGAUGGAGAACAGUUAUUGAAGUCAUUAUUUGUUUUCAAGUAUGAAAGGGAUCGUGAGAUUUAGUUUUGUCUUAUACAUGAGAUUUGAGAAGUUAGUAUUCUUUCUACGAUGUAAAGAGAAUAAAGAUGCAUUCUUUCUUCUGA